AGCCGCUGGGUUUGAGGGCUGACCAAAAGCAACACACACUUCUUUUUCCUCUUAGUUCAGAGCGGAUUCACACCAUGUCUGACACUGAAGAAAGAGUGGAGGAGUAUGAGGAGGAUGUGGAGGCUGAGGAGGAGGUGAAGGAGGAGGAAGAGCAGGACGAGGAGGAAGAGCAGGAGGAGGAGGCUGAAGAGCAGGAGGAGGCUGAGGCUGAGGAGCAGGAGGAGGCCGAGGGGGAGAUCGAAGAGCAGGCGGAGGAGGAACCAGAAGAGGUGCCUGAGAAAGAACAGGAGGAGGGAGAGGUAGAGCAGAAUGAAGAGGCAGAUUCCAAACCCAAGACCAAGAUGUAUGUGCCCAACAUAGCACCACCCAAGUUGCCCGACGGUGAGAAGGUGGACUUUGAUGAUCUCCAUCGCAAACGUGUGGAGAAGGACUUCAACGAGCUGCAGAGCCUCAUCGAGAUGCACUUCAGCAACCGGCAGAAGGAGGAGGAGGACCUGAUAAACCUCGUCAGCCGCAUCGAGCAUCGCCGCGCCGACCGCGCCGAGCAGCAGCGCGUCCACACCGAGAAGGAGCGCGAGCGGCAGGCACGCGUCGCCGAGGAGCGCUCCCGGCGCGAGAAGGAGGCCGCCGAGCUCCGUGCCGAGGAGGAGGCCAAGAAGAAGAACAUCUUCACCAACAAGGGCUUCGGAAGCUACCUGCAGAAGGUGGAGGUGAAGAAAGGCAAGAAGAUGACGGAGCGCGAGAAGAAGACCAAAGCGCUGAUGGAGCGCCGGAAGCCACUCAACAUCGACCACCUGAACCAGGACAAGCUGGCAGAGAAGGCCCGCGACCUGUGGGAGUGUCUGACGCAGCUGCAUGCGGAGAAGUUCGACCUGGCCGAGCAGCACAAGAGGCAGAAGUAUGAAGUCGGCGUGCUGCGCAACCGCGUCAGCGAUCACCAGAGGGGCAGCAAGACAGCCAAGACCACCAGGGCCACCGCCAAGGGCAAGACAGGGGCAUGGAAAUAAAUGCCCCCCGUUGGGCGGCUUUUUGUUUUGGGGCCAUAGCUCAAAAGGUUUGUAAGUGCUGCAUGUUUGUAUGUGAUCUUGGGGCCAUCCAUGGCACCCAUGCACCAUUGAAGCCACUCCUGUUAUGGACUGUAUAAAUGUUGCUGUAAAACCCACAGACUCUGUUAAAAGGCAUGGCUGUUAAAUCAUUUUGAUUCACACCAAACUGCCCAAGGAGUGUUUAAUUAUUAAAAGGUCAAUAUUUCUGUAUAUUUAAACUGAUCUGAUGUGGAAUCAUAGUGCUCAGUAUAUGAGUGUAAUUUAAAUCAAGCGAAUGUUGGCCUUCCAGAGUAUAUUACAUGUCACCAUUUCACUCCAGGAAGACAUUAAGAUCAUUAUUAUCACUGUUUGAACACAGAUGUAUAACAAAAAAUAAAAUAAAAAUGAAUAUUAUUGUUUGA